UCCAUCAAAUUUCAAACAUUUUCGCGGCAUUACAAACUUGGCUGCUCUGUGGCCGUUCGAACAAAAAAACAUGACGGAUUUAUCAGCCGCUCGACGUUUUCUGGCAUCAUCCUUUGAUCAGGAUCAUCAGCACCAGUCCACUAAUUCUGAAAAAGCAGAAAAACAACUGAAAAUGGAAAUUAAGGAACAGUGGUUGAAACUAAACAAACUUCAUGAUAAAUUACUUCAAGAAACGUGUUUAGGAAGUGUAAAGAACCCUGAAUGCACAAUGUUACAAAUAUCGGAAGCUAAAGAACAGAGACUGCAGGCUGAGGUUGACAUCAUGAAAAAGUCAUUACCAAGUUUAAUCACCCCAAAUUCUGAGGUUAUUGAAGCUGUACUUUUGACUAGUCUUCAGUCAUCUACUGAUCAAUUGAAGCAAACACUCUCUGUGGUGAAAACCCAGCGAAGAGAACUGGUUGAAGAAACAGAAAGGGAAAGGAAACUCCUUGGACAGCAUAUGGAAGUUAAAGCAUCAUUAGAACAGAAACUGGAAGCAGAAAGAAAGGAACCUGGAAAACCAGCCAGUAGUCGAUUAAAGAGUCUGGAAGAAAAGAAGAGACGAGGGCUUGAAGAGCAACAGAGGUUGAUGAGGAAUCUCGGACAGUUUGUUUUGAAGCAUUACCCAUUGCCAGGGCCGGAAUUCUCUCGGAAAAGGAAGUUAUCAGGUAAAAGCACUAAAGGUGACGGUAAUGAUGAUGGAGAAGAUCAGUACCUUCCGCUCUUGAAUAUUCUUGAGGGUUUAAUGAACAAGAGCACAAGCACAGAGGAGUACGACCCGUACUUAGAAAUUACGUCGGACUUGUGGCCGCCUUAUGUGGAGAUGCUUCUCAGAUGUGGCAUUGCCAAGCGACAUCCAGAAGACAGUAAUCGCAUUUGUAUGACUGCAUUCCACAUAUGAAGUGUACACAUAUGGGUGAUCACAUGUGAGUGUGUGACUGAAUUCUACAUGCCAUACAUAUGAAAUUUACACAUACAUAGUGGUCACAUGUAUGUGUUCUGUAUACUGCAUAGUGAACAAAGCAGGGGUCCCAAGUCUCCCGGAACUCGUGGGAGUCUCAAGAAAAUUGGGAGGGCCUCCCCUUCAAUACUUGUAUGCUUUUACGACUUCAUUAUCAAUUGUCGCAUGGAAGUCUGUGCCGAUGGGUAGCAUCAUGCGCAGCUAAAUAAAAUUCAGAUGGAUUAAGAAAGCUCAUUUUAUCAGAUCACCCAGAAGGAAUUUCUUCCAACUUUGGACCCCUGUGCAAGGUAGUCCAUCCAUUCAUAUACGAAAUCUACACAUACUUUUAACAUAGUGAUAAUGUGCAUGUACCUGAAUUAUAUACCGUAUAUAAAUUGGUGUAGCAAUCACAUAUGUAACUGUAUGCCAUACCAGUACUGUAUAUAAAAUCUAAAGAUUACCCCUGUGCAAGGUAAUCCAUCCAUCCAUAUACGAAAUCUACACAUACUUUUAACAUAGUGAUAAUGUGCAUGUACCUGAAUACUGUAUAUAAAAAUUGGUGUAGCAAUCACAUAUGUAACUGUAUGCCAUACCAGUAUAUGAAAUCUAAAGAUACUAUAUAUAGUGGUCGCAUGUCUGUCUAAGUUCUGUAUACUGUAAAUAAUGUACAAAGUAAUCAUAUAUGUACGUAUGACUGCAUCCAUAUUUGAAAUAUACACAUAUAUGUAACAUAGUGGUCACAUGUGUGACUGAAUUUUAUACAGUAUACAGUUUAUAAAUGUACAUAAUCACAUGUAUGACUGUAUGGCAUAUAUGUGAAAUCUAUAAUAGAUAGUGAUCCCAUGUGUGAAUAAAUUAUAUAUAUUGUAUAUAAAAGUACAUAGUAACUACACAUGUAUGACUGCAUUACAUAUAUGAAAUCUACACAUAAAUAAUGAUCUCAAGUGAUCACUGUGUAACUGUAUUUUAUUUAUUGUAUGUAAAUAUACACAUCUUUGUGAGUGCAUUCCAUAUAUGAAGGGCUUAGUACCAGAAUGAACAAACCUCAAAACCUUUUUUAUAGAUACUUUUUGUAGGAAGGUUUUAAAAUAUUUAAAAUAUCUGAAAGCAUAUGGCAAGACUUCUUUUAUUCCUUGUUUUGCGUACUUAUUUUAUUAAAGAUCAUCGGAGGAAGGCGGAAUAAAUAUCAAAUUUUG